AUGAAGAACCCGGUGCCGCAGGCGGCAUCGCUGCUGGAGAAGCUGCUGUUCCUCGUUCACGUCCGGCCCCUGCCCGCGGGCUCCGAUGAGGAACCACCGCCGGCCCCCGGGUACUACGACACCAGCUGCUUCAAGCGGGGUGACCUGCUAGAGGUGCCCCGCACCCUCUUCAUCCACUUCGGCAUCUACUUGGGCGAGAACCGCGUCGCCCACCUGAUGCCCGAUAUCCUGCCCGCCUUUACAGGCGACCGCCGGCAGAUUCAGCAGGUAGUGACCAACAAGCGGCUAAUCCUGGGCGUCAUCACCAAAACGGCCAGCAUCCGCGUGGACACGGUGGAGGACUUCGCCUACGGCGGCAGCAUCCUCGUCAACCACAUGGACCGGCUCUUCGAGGACCAGGUGCUGGGCAGCGAGGAGGCGGCCCGCCGGGCGGAGAAGCUGGUGGGAGCCACGGCCUACAGCCUCCUCUGGAACAACUGCGAGCACUUUGUCACCUACUGCCGGUACGGUGCGCCCGUCAGCUUCCAGACCGACAAGUUCUGUGAGACUGUGAAGAUGAUUAUUCGGGACCAGAGGAGUGUUCUCGCUUCGAUGCUUGUGGGAUUAGCAUCAAUAGUCUGCCUAGGUUUGGCACCUUCUACCACGCUCCCCACUAUCUUUAUUCCCUUCUUCCUGUGGAUGGCUGGCUAA